GCUGGCUUUCAGCUGCCUGUCCGCAUAAGCAGGUGUUGUGAAACAAUAGCUCUGUGGUCCUAUCUCCAAGCACCCUUGUUUAAAAAAAAAAAAGGCAAAGUUUUAUUUCAACUGGGAUCUUGAGCACGUUGGAUGCCCAAGUGUUUAUAUCAAAGAGGAAAAGUGAUGAACAGCUACUGUUUAUUCAUCUAUCUACUCUUUGGAGCAGCUAUUCUAGUCCAUGGUUCCAGUGAUGAAAGCCGCCUGGUUAAAGAUUUAUUCGAGAACUACAACCCAGUUGUGCGUCCAUUAAGCGAUCACAAUCAGAUUGUGGAAGUCACUGUGGGACUGCAACUUAUCCAGCUGAUCAAUGUGGAUGAAGUAAAUCAAAUAGUAAGCACCAAUGUGCGUCUGAAACAGCAAUGGAUAGAUGCAAAUUUGAAAUGGAAUCCAUCAGACUAUGGUGGUGUGAAGCAAAUCCGCAUCCCCUCGGAGAUAAUCUGGCGUCCAGAUUUAGUUUUGUAUAACAAUGCAGAUGGAAUUUUUGCUAUUGACCAGUUCACCAAAGCUCUUCUGAACUAUACAGGACAUAUCACAUGGACUCCACCAGCCAUCUUCAAAAGCUACUGUGAAAUUAUAGUCACCCACUUCCCCUUUGAUGAGCAAAACUGCAGUAUGAAGCUGGGAACUUGGACUUACGAUGGUACCUUGGUUGCCAUCUACCCGGAAGGUCCCCGUCCAGAUCUGAAUAACUACAUGCCCAGUGGAGAAUGGACCAUAAAAGAUUACCGAGGUUAUUGGCACUCGGUGAACUAUUCUUGUUGCCCUGAUACGCCGUAUCUUGAUAUCACCUAUCACUUUAUAUUGCUGCGUUUGCCUCUUUAUUUCAUUGUCAACGUCAUCAUUCCUUGCCUUCUCUUCUCAUUCUUGACUGGAUUAGUAUUUUAUCUCCCUACAGACUCAGGGGAGAAGAUGACUCUGAGCAUCUCUGUCCUGCUUUCUUUGACUGUGUUUCUUCUUGUCAUUGUGGAGCUGAUUCCUUCAACUUCCAGUUCUGUUCCCUUGAUUGGCAAAUACAUGUUGUUCACCAUGGUGUUUGUCAUAACUUCUAUCAUCAUCACCGUCAUAGUGAUCAAUAUCCACCAUCGCUCACCCAGCACCCAUACUAUGCCACAGUGGGUGAGGAAGAUAUUUAUUGAAACAAUUCCAAAUGUUAUGUUUUUCUCAACAAUGAAGCGUCCAUCCAAAAAUAAGCAGGAGAACAGGAUUUUCACUGAUGACAUAGAUAUCUCUGAAAUCUCAGGGAAACAAGGACCAGCGACUAUGAAUUUCCAGACAUCACUUACUAAAAAUCCAGAUGUUAAAAGUGCAAUUGAAGGCAUCAAAUACAUUGCCGAGUCAAUGAAAUCAGAUCAAGAAUCCAAUGAUGCUGCAGAAGAAUGGAAGUUUGUUGCAAUGGUGAUUGAUCAUCUUCUCCUUGGCAUCUUCAUGUUAGUUUGCAUCAUUGGAACCGUUGCAGUUUUCGCUGGCCGUCUCCUGGAAUUAAGCCAGCAAGAUUGAAAUAAGGGCCUUCGGUGAGAGAACAUGGUUUGUCCUUAAGUAAGCAAGGAAACUUUCUUAGCCCACUUCUGUCCUGUAGUUCCCAAUAUCUCUGUUUAGGAGAAUCUCUCAAUUGUUUCAAAUGUUUUCAUAUAUAGUUCAGGGGCUGUAGCAGCAAAAUAGGGUGCAAAUGUCCUUCAGUGAACAUCCUAAUAUCAACAAAGGGUAAGAUCCAAAACCAUGUCUUAAUUCAUGCAUUUUAAGGAACAUCCAUUUGCCCUCCUUCUGAUAUUUCAAAAUACCAAUCAGUGUGAAUAAAUAUGUAAGGAUAAUAUAGACAUAUUUUAAGCUGUAAGUUGGU